GCCAGCACAACUUGGGCCGCAUGACAGGGAGUCCAAUUGUAUCCACUGGGGCGCGCAACACUCUUGGCACAAGCCAGGUCCUUGAAGCCCGACUCUCGACACAAGUGUCCGGCUCCGAUAUAAAGGCAAGCCGCUGCUCAGGCCUAUCCGGAGAUGGUCUUCCCUUCCUUCCUCACACUUUGCGGAGCAGACCACAGUAGCACGCGCGACAGAGUCAGCAAUAAGAACAGAAACACCAACAAGAACACCAACGAAAACACCACAAGAACAAUAACUUGUCUCUUUUGUCCUGAGGGAAGCAUUAUACAGGAGAGGAAAGAUGCACAUCGAGAUGAGCGACCUGCGGCAGAGUUUGGCCAGCAGCUGAGCCCGGGUGGGGCAAAGAAAGCACACGUGGAUCCUGUUGAAAUUUUGAAAAAGAGACAGGAGCUGUUGCAAAAGGCGCAGGGUGAUUUGGACGAAGAGGGGGAAAAGUUGUGCGAGGCGCAGGAGCUGGUGGACAAGAAGCAGAGGCUGCUGAACAAGCUGCAGAAUGAUUUGGACCAGGAGAAGAAGCGGUUGAACGAGGAGCAGGAGCUUGAUACGGUAGGGCAGACAGAUGGUUCGGCGGAGCACCAACUCCAUGGCAAUCAUCACCUUGCGCGUCUCUCGCUACCGUCUUUGACAUUGGAUUCAUGGUAUGCGGCGCUGACUGAGCAGCUGCAUGCUUUGAGCGAGGUCGGCAAUGUAGAUUGUCGAUUCAGUUUAUGAAAUGAGUGAAUACAAGAACGCAC